AGAGGCGUAAAGGCUGGCAGCGUCAUGGCCGGAGCAAGAAACGUAGAACCCAAGAACUCCCCUCUCCCACGGCCAUCUCCGUCGAGAACUCCUCUUUCCUCUCUUACCCUCUCCCUCACUCUCCUCUUCUCCCUUUCUCCCAGCCUUUUUGCUCCAUUGCUUGAUGCACCAGGCUCUCCGAACCGUUAUGAGAACCCCCCGAGGGCGCCACACACUCCAUUAAAUCACUACUCCUCGAAUCCCUUCUCCCCCAAGAAGCCCCGACCUCGGAUCGCCUCACCGGAGAUGGGGACUCGAAGGAGAGAUUUCGUGAGGGGAUCAGGGAGUUCUGCUUGUGCUGCGCCGCCAUAGCCUCCGCCGACGGGGAGGAUUCUCUCACCGUGAAUUGGAAUUUGGAUCCCGGAAGACCUUAUCUUUGCCGUGAAAUCGGCGUUUCGUGAGCUGUCUAAAGCGGUUUCCUUUGAAUAGGCGCGUGAGUUGUUUGUGGACUCGAUGCCGGAGGUGUUGCCGGGGGUGAAGACGUGAAGUGGGUCAUCGGAGCCGUAUUGACACGGAAGAGGAGGGGAUCGUGCCGGUGGUUCAUUCGUUGUUACGGUUCAUCAGUUUUCGGGGCUUGUGUUGCAGGAGCAGGGAAUGGUUGGCUCUAUACAUAUAGGAAACAAUAUGAAUGCAGCUGAAUUAAGUUGAUAUGAAGAGGCAGUUCUUGAUGCAUGUAGCUGAAACAUUCCUACAAAUGGGGCUGGCUUUAAGUACGAAUGAAUCCAUCAAUUUUAAUCCUUUGACUUGAUGUCAAGUUCCUGACAAGAUUUUAAAGACAAACAAGCUCCUGCUAUUACACCUAGAAGGUUGUCAGUUGGCUGCAUACAGUUAUUACAUUAACAUGGAUCAGGAAAUCACCAUAUAUUGAAAGAUCACAAGGAAGAUGUUGUUGCCUCUUCCAAACAUCUUCAUGAAUUAAAUCAGGGAGGAAAUAGACCAAAUUCAAUCAGGGAUUGCAUGAAGGGGUCACAAGCAGUUGUCUCAAGAAGCAAAUCCAAGCUUGUUAUUGAGCAGUUGCUUAUGCAAGAGACCUUCACAAGGGAUGAAUGCAAAAGACUUACAGAAAUAAUACAAUCACGAGUUAUAGAGUCCCCAUUUACAGAAGUUGUUGAGGAUGGAACACAGAAGGAAACUUCAAACAGGGCUACUGGCAGUGCUAUUGCAUUUUCCGGAGCUUGGCGAUCCUUGAAUCAAAGCAAGAAACUGCCUGAAUUGGUUCAAUAUUCUGCUAGUAAGCUGAAUGUCUUUUCUCCUUGGUCUUCUGCUGUCCAAGCAUGUACACCUGAUCUUCGUGACACAGCUAUUAAGGAGGCCAGGAAAUGGCUAGAGGAGAAAAGGCUGGCAUCAAGUUCAGAACAUGAUCCUGAUUGUGGACCUUGCACUUUAAAUACCGAUAUGCUUCAAUAUGGCAUUGAAAGUGAGACAAGCUCACCUGUAGAUUUAGCUAAAUCGUACAUGUGUUCCUUGCCUCCAUGGAAAUCUCCAUCCUUAAGUAGUACUGGGUUCAAGACCCCACCGCCUAGUCGAAUGCAUCUUUACAAGGAUGAACCCACCUGUGCGGCUUUAAAUUAUUCCUGGUCCUCAUCCAAGGUUUUAAAAAGGGGCUCUCUUUCUAUUGGAUUGUCGGACACCCUUGAUGAAACUCGCAGAGUUCGUCUGAAGUCAACUGAUGAUAUAUGGGAGAUUCCUAAGUUUAAACAAACUGAUUCAUCUGUAAGAUUGUUUGAGAAGGAAACCUCUAAGAUCCCAUCUGGAGAUGACAAGCGAGAUCGCGAAGUUCUAGGAGCUGGCCAUUAUUCGAAUUCUUUAGAACCUACAGAGGCUUUCAAUGCAUCUCCAAAACUAUCUGUGGAGUUGAAUGCUGAAUAUCUUUGUUCAAAUGGAGCCUUCAAAUUAACUGACCAACAGGCUGGUGAAGUAAACCCUCUCCGGGAAACAGGCAAUGUGUCUUCAACCAAUAUAGUUUCAGAGCCUGAAGAAUCUCCUCAUGCAGUGCAACCGACCAAUAAAAGUUCACUGCCAGAUACUAAUCCGUUGAGGUCUGUUAACUCAGUAAUGGAGAGUGAGCCUAAGUCCUCUAAUCAUAAUAUUCUGAAUUUAGAAGAAAAUAAGGAGGAUGGGACAGAGCUUUCGCAAAAUGAGGUUCAAGAUGACAGUAUUGAUGUUCCCAGUGAAUCUCUUAUUUCAGCUUCCAAAUCAGUGGAGCAUGGUGGCGACCCCUUAUCUGUAGCAAAAGUCAUGACAUCAGAAGGCAUCAAGGCUGCAGCACCAAGUAAUGAUGAUGGUGCGGACAAUCGUGACAAUAAUCACAUUUACAGCACACAGACGGUUCCCAAGGUUUUGGGGAUAGUAGAAGCCAAUGAUAAUCCACAUCUGAAUCUGGAUCCAGGUCUCCAAGAAACACAUUCUAUUGCCGCAUGUUCAGGACCCCCAGACGGGAAUCCUCAGAUACAGACUGAAGCAAAUGGAUCAAAGCAUAAGUUUUCUGCCACUAGUUCACCUGCAGACUCCAAUGCCAAUUCGGAUCUCAGAACCUUGAGCAAGGGAGACCUCAGUGGUACCAACUCCAAUGGUGAGCCAGCUACUGCAGGCAUCUCUGAGGGAACCCACGAGCUUCAAAACGAGACUGCCACUGACGUCUCUGCUGGUCAUGAUUCCAACAGUGCAGCAGGCAAAUCACGGAAUGGUACAAGGAUGAAGACAAUUGAGCGGAUGCUGACUGAAACUCAGCCCAGAACUAGCGGCCGCAGGCGGAAAGCAGUGGCCAAGGCAAAAAGAGGAAGAGGGGCAAAGUGAGAACUGGUUGCUCGAACCCACAUUGUAUAGUAGUUUGCUUAAAAGGGGUGUAGCAUGAAUAGGUUGUAGUUUCAAUUUAUUAGCAUCCAUCAUCAAGGUUGGGUGAAAUACCACGAUGUAUAUCCGUGGGAUGUGCAUGCUGUAUCCAUGAGAUGUACAUGUACCACAUAUUCAUUUUCUAUUAAUUAACAGACUAGGAUUGAGGUUCAUCCCUUGAGUUCUGCAAUUUCUGCCGUAGUUGUCCAGUUUCAGACUGCAAUCAAUCUGUAUACUUCAACAUUUAUUUUGCUUUUGUCCUAGUCACCCACUUAUUUCUA